GCCUGAUUUCUUAAAGAUACAAGAAUAUCCAAAUAGACUAGAACUUGAUAUAUUUUAUCCGCAAUAUGGCUUUGCAAUCGAAGUACAAGGCAUACAACAUGAAAAAUAUCACGAAUUCUUUUAUGAAAGAGAUUUUAAUAAUUUUAUCAAACAGCAAGCAUGGAAUCAACUUAAGAAAAAAUUAUAUGAAGAGAAUUGGAUUGCUUUAAGUCAAUGA